UCAACGACCAGCCACACCAACUGUGAGCCGUCCCAUCAUUCUACCUUAGCCUGGUGGGCAAGACCCCAGAAGUCGCCAACACGUCCAUCAGCAUCGAAAUCGCCCUGCAUCGCGUCCGGCCGGGACUUCCCACCCUUCUCAUACGACAACGAACCUGCGCUUUCCGGGAACCCCGCCCAUCGUUGCUGCUUAGUCUGGGUCUGCGUCUUCUUAGCGUUCGUGGCAACAGCUCUUUGAGAGAAGAGAAAGCAGAUCACUUAUUGUCCUCGUCCUCGUCCUCAUCCUCACCAGUGAAUAAGGUACCUUACCACCACUGUGUGUAGCAAGCGUAGUAAGUACCUUACCCUCCGGUGGUCGCUCGCUCUUUUCCUCUCGGCAUCUCAUCGCAGUCGCACUUGCACUUACUUGCCUUUACCUUGGGGAUCGUGGCUACUGCAUCCGCACCACACACCUCUCUCUCACACCCACUUAUUCACACGCCCACUUUGGACUCGCCUCUGUCUCUCUUACACACUCACUCUCAUUUACUCUUUCAACUCACUCCUCACUUGCUGUUCUUUUUCCUCACACGCAUACACACACAGGAGAGGCACAAGGUGUGCGCGCACACACACGCAACUUAUUAUUGCCGUCUCAUCCAUACACCUUUUUUUUCGAGAACCACCACCUUGAUUUUUAUUUUCCUGCUCCGACUCGCCGUCUUCAAGGCUUCCUCUUUCUAAUCACUUCUCAUUCUCUCAGCCUGCGAUUCUGCCAUCCCGCGUGGCACCAAAAAAAAUCGCCCCCAAACGGAAGAUCAAAGUGCAACAACCGACCCUUGCUGGGGUUCCCUACGACUCCUUACAACAGACGACACAGCCUUUCUUUUCUCUUCCCCCCCUUCUAGGCCUGGGCGUUGAUUGCGCUCAUCUCUUCAUUGGCGAAACACAAACACGACCCGGAUUCGGCCUGGGGAGAGGGAGUACGUCAUGACAUCCAUAGUAAGUUUGUCUUCUCUCUCAGUGUCUCUCCUUAUUGCUGCGUAUUGCUGCGUUACGCUGCCUCUUUAUCUUUUCCCACCACCAAAAAAAAAGGGCCUGCCUACCCAUUUCCCAUUUCCCAUGACCACACACCUCGGCCAAUCUGGAUUGCAGCAUUUCCUGCUGUCCCUGGCCGUCAAACCUGACCGACCGUCGUCAUGUCAUUGGAGAGAGCCGCUCGUUCACCGCCUCACCGCUUCCCGCAUAUCAGUGCACAUCCCCAUCCUCCCCGUCUUCCCCGUCGCUCCCAGACACUCAGACAAGCCCGACACGAGACACCGGCAAUCAGGAUAACAUCCCCCACGACCGGGGCCCUGCCUGUUGCAACCGGCCUCACCUUGCCCAACUUCUCUACUCAUCUCAUCCCAUCCUAUCUACUCCCAUGUCUCCAUACGCCUCUACGGAGUACGGAUACUCGUCCCCUAAUUAGCCACCCCUCCAUCUUGUCCUCCCCCAUCAUUUCCAAUGCCCAAUUCUUAUUCACCACCACCCAGACCCCCUUUGAACUUCCCAUAAGAAAGGGAGACUGCGCCGCCAUGGCCUCUCCCAUGCACCCUCGCCCUAUUUUGCCUCUCACACGUAUAACUCUACCCUCGGGCGCAUGACACGACUCGCUCCCAUAUUCUCUCGUCUUCUCUCACCUCUACGGCUGAUAUAAGCUGUUCCUAUACCUUCUCGCGCCUCUCCCGGCAUUGUCAUGGCUGCACUUUUUGCUUAAUAUUUCUUCACCCUCCACCUUUGGCAGAGUAUCUCUCUGUUGCCAAACACACCCAACUCCCAAGGCUGUUGCACUCUCACGAUGCGUGUCCCGUCGUUUGAGCACACCUUCGCCACUCCUCGCGAACACCCUGCAACCAUGAACCAACAACCACCAGAUUCGCUGUCGCUAAUGACCGGCCUCCAGCUAUGUCUCGCUCACUACUGUGACCAACAUGGUCCGACCCCGCUUAUGGUCACCGAGGGCCUGCCAGUCCCAUGCACAACAUGCUUCGAUGAUGGCACCGCUGGUUAUGCCGAUCAAGAUCAGCUCCGACCCCGGACCAGCGCCCCAGCACCGGCUGGCUCUCUCAACCAGACCGUGGCCAUGUCGGAUGCGCUGCGCAAGAUGCACCUCAACUCGCACCGCAGUUCGUCUCUGCCGGCUUCCGAAGCUGAAAACCAGAUCCAGCGCGCCGCUAUGCUUCGCGCCUCUUCAGCAAACUCUACCACGAACUCGCCAGCUUCCCCUCUGUCUCCCUCCGCAAUCGAGACCCCACCCGAAAGCCCCCGCCGGAUAUCGGAGCAGCAGCAGCCACGACGAGAUUCGAGUUUUCGCCGAACCUACGACGACUACGUUACGAAGCGCGCCGGCCCUUGCGAGAAUUGCGCGCUGACGCUACCACAACGACAGGGCGGCAAGGAUAAGAACGACUUGAAGGCUGAGCGUGGUCCCACAUUGCGCACCCGCGCUCCUUACGCCAGGGUAUACGGACAGGCAUCGCCGCCUACUUCUCAAGCAUCUUCUGCUAGCGACACAGAUGGAGAAAGCCAACCCGAACGAAUGCACCGAAGGGCAACGGGCUCUACAACAACGCGAUCGAGCAUGUCAUCGGGCAGGCAUGUCGGCCACACACAUUACCUCGACUACACCUCGACCCACGAACCUCUCAUCCCGGCUUCCUUCUCGAUAGUGCGAUCCUCGUGUCUGCGAACUCUUUCACUGGAGACACUACCCCGCGCCCCGGCAAACCCAACCCCCAGUGCAUCGCCGCAGUCAAGCAACAUGCCAGCCUUUGUCACGACACACAGCGCUGGGGCAGCAGCUUCUGGUGGUCCCAUAUUCUUCGGCGAUCCAGUCAACGGCUACACAACAGCCUACAUCUUUCGCAUUCCAGAUAUGCAUGCUCGCGGCCACAAGCGUGUGUAUGCAUUUCUGGCUCUUAGCACACACAAGGAGAGACUGGCGAUGAAAACGUUUGGUUUCAUGGCUGCCGCUUUCCGUGAUCUUGCUUCAUGGAUUCAGCAGUUGGCGGAAGCUGAGGCAGAGAAAGCUGCCGAAGCCAGCCCCCUUGGAGGCCCGCAACACCACAGCUCUUAUCCGACGAUGAUCAAGCCUGAACGCGAAGGACAAGACCGUGGUGGCAGCAGCUUCCUCACGGGAGGUGGCGGCUUCUCAAGGAGAAUGGGCGGUGGUCCCGGCGGUGUCUCACUCAAAGCUCGAGGCCUUGCUGAACUUGUCGGCAUGCCCGACUUCUUUAUUGACCUGCAUGCCAAGUUUGUGAAGCUUAUGCUCGAACUUGGCGUUGCGCUGAGCUCUUAGGAGCUGUAAUGGUCGCAGCACAUAUACGUUCACAACACAGAAUCGCUGCCUCUGUCAUUGACUGGGGCAGUAGAAGACGCGAUUCGUACGAAACAUAUCAACAUACGAAUCACCUACAACUAUGAUGCGGCGGGCUUAGGCCAGCCCUCAGAUACGGUAGCCAGAACCAAAGCAGUAAUGGGUAAUGAUAAUCCUAAUUACCUUGCCCACUACUUGAAGAGAGAGGAGGAGGGGAGAAAAGGAGGGGAGGAGAGUGAUUUCAGAGGGACGACGGAUAUACCCCACAAAUGAGAUGGCCGGCAUCUCAUUUGCAUCAGGACUUUUUGCAUUAGCGAGCGGCAGCAUCGCUCUCUUAUCCAUUUUCAAGCGGUUUUCACGACUAAGCAGGCAGGCUGGGCAUGACUUUCAUAGACUUUGGGAUCCCCACCUUUCUUUCUUUUUAGCCAUGGUUUCAUGAUUCACGGGUUUUUCUUCAUGUUCUUCCUUUCCCCAGAUUCGCCUCGAGAGUUAGCGACAUUAGACUUCACAACGGAAGCUUCCAGGCUCACGUCUGUGGUCAAGAAAGAGAUCACAGAGGGAAGGAAAGGAAAAAGGGAUAAUGGGAAAAGGACAAACGGCAA